CACCUAGCCACAUACAUUGAUUGUGAUUCUCUCGCCUAACAUCCGCCUUUCCGAGCAACUCUUCUCCAAUAUGCCUCCUGCGCAGAGGACUAAGCCCGCCGACGGCGACAUCGAACCCAACCAGAUGAGUCAAUCCAAGUGGCUCAAGAACUCCGGCUAUAGCGGUCUCUGGGAGUUUGGGCUCUCCUACGGCCUGAAAAUUCACGAUCCGGAAGACCUCGCGGAGGCCAAGCAGAUCAUGCAAGGCUUGAGAGAUAUGGACCAGGAAGAGUGGGAGAAGAAACAGAAGCAGAAAAAGUAGCAGGCUCUACAGGAAGGUGGACUGCAUUUUGCUGUAUUGGGCACUGCUUGUUGUUUCGCCAGAGAUUGUAUGGAGUUAUAAGGGGAUAUGGCUAUGCAGGGUAGUGGGAGAUGUCUCUUUACAUCAUGUCAAGCUUGUUGAUGGGAUGGCCAGGAUGACUAUGUUUUGUUCUUUUAUGUUACGUACUGUACCUCGCGACUCGCGAUGAUCAAUCAAAUCGAAGG